AUGUCGGGGUUUGAGUUUGGCUGUUUGGAUACCGUUCUUGCGAACUAUAGUUCUUAUGCGAUCUUUGGAUGCGUCUGGGAUCGCUCGAACCCUACUCGGUUGCUUACAAGUGACUGGGUCUUGGAUGCGUCGGGGUUCGGUUCGGUUAACUGUUCGAUUGCCGUUCUUGCGAACUAUAGUUCUUAUGCGAUCUUUGGAUGCGUCUGGGAUUGCUCGAACCCUACUCGGUUGCUUACAAGUGACUGGGUCUUGGAUGCGUCGGGGUUCGGUUCGGUAACUCGUUCAAGUUAUACAAUCUUGGAUACGUCUGGGAUUGCACUUUCCAAGCUUGGAUGCGUCUGGGUUUAG